GUCUCCUCGGUCCCAACAGCUACUCUUAUGUUCUGUUACUGAGUUACUGGCUCCGGACCCACAGUACAGUCUAGAGGGGCACAAAAAGUGACGGGAAGGAAGUAGUGGUAAGACCCGAAUAAGUAAGGACAAUUUAGACCCUGAGGCCACUCGGUUUAGCGCGCUCUCUCUAGCUCCCACACUCUUCCCCGAUCAGGACUCCCCCUUCUCCAGCCCCUCCCCUCUCCGCUCCCCUACCCACUUUUUCAGAAUGCCUCCUCCCCUCCCCUAAGCAGCCCAAGCAGCCGAAAAGGGGAGCGCUCUGGGAUGGGAGUUGGAGGAGGAGACAGCAGCGGCGGCGGCGGCGGUAGUGGCACGAAUUCCUGGUCUUUAGCCUUCCCAGGAGAAGAGCCGCCUGCUUUUUUGGAAACGGAGGAGAACGUGGAAGACGUGGCCGCGCCUCGCUUCGCCUUCGGCUCCCUGUCUACCCGGGCAGCAAGAGCAACGGCGGCGAAGGAGGCAGAGGCUCUUGCAGGCUCGCCUUGGUGGUUGUCCAUUUGACUCUUCUUGAAAUGGAGAAAAUGGUGUUGGGCUGCUGUCUUUUGUUCUUUGGACAAUUCUUGCUUUUCACUGCUGAGGCCAGGGAGAGGCGCCCCCCAUGGCCAUUGUCUAAGGGAAGAAAUGCCCUGGCCCAUCCCCAGACUGCUUUACUUGAAAGCUCAUGUGAAAAUAAGCAAGCAGACCUCGUCUUCAUCAUCGACAGCUCCCGCAGUGUCAGUCCCUAUGAUUUUGCAAAGGUAAAGGAAUUCAUUGUGACCAUCUUGCAGUUCCUGGACAUCGGCCCUGAUAUCACCAGGGUGGGCUUGAUCCAGUAUGGCAGCACUGUCAAGAAUGAGUUCUCAUUGAAGACUUUCAAGAGAAAGUCCGAGGUGGAGAGAGCUGUCAAGAGAAUGAUGCACUUGGCCACUGGCACCAUGACUGGGCUGGCCAUCCAAUAUGCAGUGAACAUUGCAUUCUCUGAAGCUGAGGGUGCUCGACCUCUCAGGGAAAAUGUGCCUCGGAUUAUUAUGAUUGUGACAGAUGGGAGACCACAGGAUCCAGUGGCUGAGGUGGCAGCAAAGGCGAGAAAUACAGGCAUCUUGAUCUUUGCCAUUGGGGUGGGUCAGGUGGACUACAACACUCUGAAAUCCAUUGGGAGUGAGCCCCAUGAAGACCACAUUUUCUUGGUGGCCAAUUUCAGCCAGAUUGAGACUCUGACUUCAGUGUUCCAGAAUAAACUAUGUGUGGCCCAUAUGUGCAAUAUUAUGGAGCAUAACUGUGCCCACUUCUGUAUCAACACACCUGGCUCGUAUCUUUGCAGAUGCAAACGAGGAUAUAUUCUGAACACAGACCAGAAAACUUGUAGAAUUCAGGAUGUAUGUGAAAUGCAGGACCAUGCCUGUGAACAGAUAUGUGUGAACGUGCCUGGAUCUUACGUGUGCCAGUGCUACAAUGGCUACACCCUCGCUGAAGAUGGGAAGAAAUGUGUUGUUGUGGAUCACUGUGCCUCAGCAAACCAUGGCUGUCAACAUGAGUGUGUAAAUGCUGAUAAUUCCUAUUCCUGCAGAUGCCAUAAAGGGUUUGCUCUUAACCCAGAUAAAAAAACAUGUCACAAGUUGGACUAUUGUGCUUCCCUUAACCAUGGCUGCCAGCAUGAGUGCAUUAAUACAGAGGAUUCUUAUUCCUGUCGAUGCCUGAAAGGAUUUAACCUGAACCCAGAUAAGAAAACAUGCAAAAGAAUCAACUACUGUGCUCUGAGAAAACAUGGCUGUGAGCAUGAAUGUGCAAAUGCAGAAGACGGUUACUACUGCCGGUGUCGUCCUGGCUACACCCUGAACCCCAAUGGGAAGACCUGCAGAAGGGUGGAUUAUUGCUUGUUGACUGAUCAUGGUUGUGAACAUUCUUGCAUAAAUACUGAGAGAUCCUUUGCUUGUCAGUGCUCUGAGGGGUUUGUACUAAGGAGUGAUGGAAGAACCUGCAAACGACUGGACUCCUGUGCUCUGGGAGACCACGACUGUGAACACACCUGUGUAAGCCUUGAUGACUCUUAUGAGUGCCGCUGCUAUGAAGGUUACACUCUCCAGGAUGAUGGGAAAACUUGCAGAAUAUUGGACCUGUGUGCUCUGGGAGACCAUGGCUGUGAGCAUUCCUGUGUGAGCAGGGGGGAAUCAUACAUGUGCCUGUGUUUUGAAGGUUAUAUGCUUCUCGAUGACGGGAAGACCUGCAAAAGGGAGGAUGUCUGCAAAUCUACGAACCACGGCUGUGAACACACUUGUGUUAAUGAUGGCAAUUCGUACAUCUGCAAGUGCUCCGAGGGAUUUGUUCUGGCGGAGGACCGGAAACGAUGCAGAAAGUGCACUGAAGGCCCCAUUGACCUGGUUUUUGUGAUUGAUGGAUCCAAAAGUCUCGGAGAAGAAAACUUUGAGAUCGUGAAGCAUUUUGUCACGGGCAUCUUAGAUUCCCUUGAGAUCUCCCCCAAAGCAGCCCGAGUGGGGCUGCUGCAGUAUUCAACCCAGGUCCGCACAGAGUUCACCCUGAGGGACUUCCACACAGCUAGAGACAUGAAAAAGGCUGUGACCCACAUGAAAUACAUGGGCAAGGGCUCCAUGACUGGCAUGGCCCUGAAGCAAAUGUUUGAGAGGAGUUUUAUGGAGAGAGAAGGAGCGCGGCCACCUUCAGCAAGAGUGCCCAGAGUAGCCAUUGUGUUCACGGAUGGACGAGCCCAAGAUGAUGUCUCUGAAUGGGCAAACAGAGCCCAGCAGAAUGGAAUAACCAUCUAUGCUGUCGGAGUAGGAAAAGCCAUUGAAGAAGAAUUGCAGGAGAUUGCAUCUGAUCCCCCUGACAAACAUCUCUUCUAUGCAGAAGACUUCAGCACAAUGGGAGAAAUAAGUGAAAAACUCAAGAAAGGAAUCUGUGAAGCUCUAGAAGACUCAAAUGGGAAUCAGGACUCCCCAGCAAGUGAUCUUCCCAAGAUGGCACAACAGCCUCCAGAACCUGAGCCAGUCACCAUAAAUAUCCAAGACCUACUUUCCUGUUCUAAUUUUGCAGUUCAACACAGAUAUCUCUUUGAAGAUGACAGCCUUUCACAGUCAACACUGAGGCUUUUCCAUUCAACCAAAACAAAAGGAAGCCCUUCGGAAGACAAGCAUGAUCAGUGCAAAUGUGAGAACCUCCUUACAUUCCAGAAUUUUGCAAAUGAAGAGGUGCGAAAACUCACAGAGAGAUUGGAAGAAAUGACAAGGAGAAUGGAAGUACUGGAAAAUCGUCUGAGAUACAGAUGAAGAUCGGGACUUGUCUACAUGUUUAUAUGCAGAAUUAUCACUCUAGACAGAAUUAUGGUAAAAGCAGGUCAGGGCCAUAGAGCUCCAGGUGCUAAAUCUAUAACACUGUCAAAUCCCCAAAUAUUUUUGGGGUAGAGAUUCAGCAUUAGAUUCCACAUGGAACCAAGGCAAAAGCAUACUAACUUGUAGAAAUACAUUUAGAAAGCAACCAUACUGAAUUCCAAGUAGAAUUCAACCAUGUGAGAAGAAAUAAGCUACCCAACAAAUGCUAUUGUUUUGGUAAAUGUAUAUGUGGGCAUUUAAAAAGAUAUUUUGUCAUAAACGGUGAAUGCUAUUCAUCUCACUAUUUGUUUCUCCCUUACAAAGUGAGUGUUGCCAGUGUCUUGUUUGACUAUAAAAUAAACCAUUCUUAACUCAGCCUUUUUUACUACCUUUAGACAUUGCCUUUAGAAAAAUCUUAACGGUAUAACAUUUUUUUGUAUUGGACUUUAACUUGAUAUACAUGUGUGGAUAUAUGCAGUUAUCUUCGCCGAAUCAUAGGAUAGAUGCAUUUGUAUUAUAAGUUGGGAAUUUUAUGUAUAAAAUACAAUAAAACUGAGGAAAGGUA